AACCUUCCAUCCGAAAUACAGAAACUGUAAGUAAAUGAAAAACCAAUUAGAAAUGUGCUUGGUUGAUAUUAUUUCUUGAUUUAAUUUAUUACACCAGUAACAUCAACAAUCGGAUUUAUUUGUAGUUUGACUUUUACAGCAUAGAAAAUAUAUUCAGCUAAAACGCCUAUGACUUUCAUUGAUAAACAUUCAAUAUCUAAUUUAACAUCUUAUGGUCGUUCUAAUUUUGCUAUCUAAAUUGGACAACAUGGAGACAGAGUGGCGCCAUCUGUAACAAAGACUGGUGUUGUCCUCACACAGCAAGGGGGAGAAAAACAUCGCAGAGCGAUUUCUUCUUUUAGGAGUCGACUAUAUAACUGACAGAAAAUUGUUGGAAGACUUUCAUUUCACGGUUAUGCUUCACAGUCAAACCAUGCGUAGCUCCCAGGACCUUAGACAAGUUAGAAGUUGGACACCAGAAGAUCGUGAGACACUGAGACCAAAGCUGAGGUUGUGGCGAUCUGGUCCCGCCCCUAGUUCAGCUUCCGGUGCCUUCACGGAAAGAAAGGACUUGUCUGUCGACGAUAUCGGCAAGGAUCCUGUGGGGCGGACGCACUCCGUGCACUUCCAAAACAUAAUUUCAUGAAGUAUAUCGGAACCAUCAAGUGCAGGUGGCUGGUGACGUUACAGCUAGAGUUUUACCUACAAACAUUUAAGAACAAAACUCAGAGCACUUAUAUAUAUAUUGCCGUCGCACAUUUUCAAAGUACAUUAAUUUCUUCAGAAAUGUUUUCCGAACAGAAAACCUUCAUUUAAAUUUGUAAGAUUAAUUUUAUGUUCCGUUCGUAUCUAAAUUUUUAUACUUGUUAUAUAGGCAAGGGUAAGAAUUAUUAUUGUUGCUGUUGGUGGUGUUGUUGUUAAAAUCUAUAGUCUUUAUAUGGGGGUAGGGAGAAUCAGUUGAAACUGAGAGUAGAAAGUAUGUAACAGGUCAACAGCAAUAUCUAUUAGCAGUCCAUGCAUUAAAAGUAGCUAUUUUAACACUACAACAAGCUAGAGACUUGACAUCAGAUGCUCAGUAGCGGCAUCCCUGACCCUUUAUGAGGUCGUAAAAGGGUCUCCUGCUUCCUUAUUAUUUUCAGAUAUCAUGAUUCAUUUUUAUCUGCACCUUACCCAUCCCCAAGGAAAGGUAGAUCACUGAAACACUGACAGUCCCCUACUUUAGUUCGCAGUAAAAUACUCAGUAAGAACAGUUUAAACAAUGGUUCAAACACUGAUACUGGGUUCACUGAGACCACUUCUAAUCCCCGUCGCUCCCUCAUCCACGAUAGUUUACUGAUUAACUCUCCACGGUGUUAAUGGAUGGACAAAGGUGACUACAGCAACUGAAGCACGGAGCUCCUCUCACGCCUAUCAAUUACGGUUAUUUUUUUUAAAAAACAAUUCCUCUUUUCCUCUUGAAACGGAUUUCUUUAAUUACAAAGAGGGACUUGCUGUAUAGAUAUUCUAGAGCUGAGGUCGAGCUCUGUAAGGUUAACAGAUGUCGUGGUGUCUAAAAAUGGUCUUUGCCGUCGGCUGUGACUUUGGUGGGAAAGGUCCUUGCCGCCAUUACACCAAGCUGUGCUGCUCCAGGGUGUGGGAAAAUAUUUGGAAAAUGGAGCCACGUGACUCAUUCUCGGUCUUCUUCACACUUGAUCUAAGGCAUGCAUGCGUGCACACACACACACAGACGCAAACAUGCACUCACUCACAGAAUCUCUUUCUUUCUCUCUCUCUCACUCACGAUUUUGCAUCCGCCAAUAGACAUUCAAAUCCCGAUUCUGAAAAAUUCACUGACGUAAGUUUCUCUUUAAAAUCUCUCAGCUCUUCGUUCUUACAACCUCUACCACCACCCAAUCACCCCGCAACACCCCUCUUCCUGUUUUUUGUUCUCCACUUUGCUGUUAUCUUCAAUCUCCGCUGGUUUCACUGUGUGCCCUUGUCGUCAGUAUAGGGAGACGUUUUACCGCUUCGGGGGCGUGUAAAUCCCUGCGCCGCCUGCUUGACUGAUUUCCAUCUAUAAACAAGGUUUACAGGACGUGACCCCAGCAGAGGUCACCAGUCCGCUAAAAGUCGUGACUCCUCGACUAAUACUGGUUUCUGAAGGCUGUUAGCGACAGCUAGUGCAUCCACCUCCUCUGUAAAGAACUAUCUACAUCCUUCACCGCCGGAAGAGAGGACUGUCACUGAAGUUUUAUUGCAGGCAGUUUUUCAGUGUGAGCUGCUAGUGAACUGAGCUCAACUUUUUGAGAAAAAGCCUCGAUUAGUAUAAAAUUCAGUGCGUUUGAUAUGUUUGAUAUAAUAGAAAUAUUUUGGUGUGUUACGGUCGUUUUGCGCUUUUUGUGUUUUGUUUUGUUUUGUUUGUUUGUUGUUGUUGGUUUUUUUUUCUUGCUUUGCGUAAUUUUAAAUGUAUUUCUUUUAGUUUUUCAGUGAUGGGGAUUUUGUAAUUUAAGUUAAAGUAAACAUUCAAAUUCGCUUGUUCUUUCCCAUCUAAAAUCAUAAAUCUUCUUUUCGAUUUAAAAAAAUAUUAAUUUUUUUUCAGAACAGAUGAUCAGAAAGUGAUAUAUCUACAUAUGGGACCUUAAAGAAAAAGUAUCUCAAAUGCUCCUAACUGUGUUUGGCGUGAUCAUCAGCUACCGACGAUGAAAGUGAAGAUGAGGUGGAAGCAUCGAUGCUGAAUUGCCAGCAAGCGUCUACUAGUCCAGUUAUGACAGUUUCCACUUCCGCCAAAAAAAAUGAAAUAAAUAAAAACCAGCAUCAACCCCAAAGGCACUAGAGCCAAGUACAUCGUCACUGGUAUCAACAAUAAGAGGAACAAUGAGAGUGCCAAUCAAACGGCGCAGACCUAAGGUGGACCGGUUGGUGUGGAACAGCAGCAAGAACGUAGCGGUGACAGGCGUACCUGACCGUGUGAGGCGCUACCUGUCCGACUUCUACACCACGCUCAUCGACAUCGAGUGGCGCUGGAACCUGCUCUUCUUCACGGUGGGCGUGGUGCUGGGGUGGCUUGGCUUCGCCUGCUUGUACUACUUCAUGAUGGUGGUGCACGGCGACCUGGAGCCGAGGAACCUCAAUAACACGAACUGGGCACCUUGCCUUGUCGGCGUCUCCACUUUCACCGGCGCCUUCCUCUUCUCCAUCGAGACCAUGUCUGCCAUAGGUUACGGGACCAGGUAUGAGACAGAGGAGUGUCCGGGGGUUUACAUCCUCGUUAUGAUACAGUUAGUGGUCGGUACGGGUGUCCAGUUCGCUCUGGCCUCGCUCGUUGUCUCCAAAAUGCGACGCGCUAAAAGUCAUUCCCAGACCAUCCUCUUCAGCAACACGGCUGUGAUAUUUUGGGAGGACGGUCACCGGAAGCUGGGAGUGCGCGUUGCGGACCUGCGCAAAGACGUCGUCAUUGGCGCACACGCAACGGCCAUGUUGAUAAAGAAGACAACAGCAAGACAAGGGCAUAAAGUACCUGUCAGAAUGUUCACGGUGAGUUUGGAGGGAGAAGGAAGUCAUCAGAACUUAUUUUUGUACUGGCCAUCUCUGCUGAUCCAUGUUGUGGAUGAAAAUUCGCCGUUCUGGAGCUUGUCACGUGACCAGCUUCUCCUAGGACAAUACGAACUUCUUGUGGUCCUCAGCGGGGUCUCGGCCACUACCAGCAAGCUAUUUCAGGCCCGGAAGUCGUACUACUCGUGGGAAAUCAUGUGGGGCCAGAAGUUCCAUCGUCUGGAGGUCAGGCACAACGAUUCCAAGACCGAUGGUUACGUGGUCGACUUCACGCACUUUCACGACAUGACACCUACCUGCAUGCCAUCCUGCAGUGCCCAGGAGUUGCAGAACCGCGAGCUGUUUGGUGCUCCCGAUCUGGAGGAUGAAGACGUCGACAGCAAAGACAACGACGACGGAGAUGACGGCGGAGACGAGGGCGGAGACGACGACAACGACGACGUCUUUAUGCCUGCAGAGACUUGCGAAGACGACGUAGGCCCCGCGUCGACAUCACCUCUGUCAGCAGCGAACCUGUUGUGGGCGAUGGAAAAGGAAGAAGAGAAAGACAGCCCCACCGUGUCUAAAAGGGCGGAGUACUUGCCCCGCCGUUCGCCAUGGAAGCACGGCAAGUUCCAGCGACCGCUGUCUUUCGGCGACGCUCUAAACCUGUACCGCCACCGUCGGAGUGUGACAGACACGUACCUGGGGACGGACAUAAGUGACGAGGACAGCGACGACAGCGAGGAGAACGAAGCUCUCAUGUCCAUCGUGUCACAGCAAAGCCGCCAGGAGGUCAAGCCAGACGUGCGAGACAUUUUGUGGGCCCCGCCCCGCCGAACAUCCUUCACCAUGGAGCUCAUGUUCGGACCAGAGAGCUCUGAAUCGGAUGACGAAGCCCAGGCUUAAUCACGUGGUCAUCGUCUAGCUGUAUGACACCAAGGAGACGUAAAUGUAAACAGUUGAGAAACCUUUGAGAAACACUGUGUUGCAGAUGACUCUACUUUAGACAAGACCGUCUGCCGCCAAGUGGGGAGUUGGGAAUGAGAGAUGAAGUGACCCUACCCAUCUCCCACUCCUCCUUGUGGAUCCAGAAAGCGCUCUCGUGGUGUUCAGUCUAUGAGUGUCUUAAUUUACAGGUGCUAAGUAGAUAAUGUUCGUAGACGAUAGCUAUUUCUCUCUGAAGAUGUAUGUGAUUUGAUCAUGGACAGCAGAUGUCUAUAGUUGAAGUCCCGAUGACUUGACUGCUGUAGCAUCCUAACAAUUGUUUCGUUACAAACAGAGUUGUACUGAUCUUAAUUAAUCCAAAAACAAUCAUUUUAGGUUUGUGUUUCAGAUCCCACCGCUUUUCUGAAUUGUAUUGUGGUUCGACGAUGGUGUGGUUGUGGUGUGGUAUAUGAUAGUCGAGGGUAUGUCUAUGUGUUUUUCUGCAUGUAACGGAAGAUGGGAAAGAGAAGUAAAAAGAGAGAAUCUUUAUUUGUGGCAUAUAUCGUUAUUAGAAAACGCCUUUUGUGCUUUCAUUUUAGUAAUUACUCGGUGCCUUUAAAGUGACCUUUUGCUUACAGAGAUUACACAAAUAAUGUACUUUAUAAUGAAGGAAAAUUAACUUUUAUAAUUGUACUUUUGUAUGUGCAUUUGUGUACUUAACAUUACCAAUACUGAAUUUUAUUGUUUUGCCAUAAACCUGUUACUUUUCUUC